CGGCACGACCGCCGCCUCUCCAUCCAUGAUCCAUCCGGCUCGAGGAGAGUGACGACCUGCGGUCAGCCCCUCCGCUCCCCGUCCUCCCCACGCAGAUCCCGACGCCGACGCCGACGCCUUGCCCGCGACGACUCCACAGUCCACAUCCACACGCUAAGCGGGGCGGGGCGCAUGCGCAUCUAGAUCCGCGCCGCCAACCUGACCAUUCGAACCAACGCCAUCUCCUACCCGGGGUUCGGGCGCCGUUGUUAUUACCACGCUGCUUCGUCCUCUGCUGCUCGUAGUCGUAGCGGAGGCAGUAGCCGGAGGAGCGGGCGGUUGGCGAUGGCUGCGGCGGCGAGGAAUGCGGGCGUCCUCGCGCUCUUCGACGUUGACGGCACCCUCACGUUGCCGCGCAAGGUGGUGACGCCUGAGAUGCUAGAGUUCAUGAAGCAGCUGCGCCAGCAUGUCACUGUGGGCGUGGUGGGCGGAUCCGAUCUGGUGAAGAUUACAGAGCAGCUCGGCAGAACUGUUAUUACGGACUACGAUUACGUCUUCUCCGAAAAUGGCCUCGUUGCACACAAGAACGGAGAGCUAAUUGGAACUCAAAGUUUGAAAUCAUUUCUCGGAGAAGACAAGCUGAAGGAAUUCAUUAACUUCACCCUUCAUUACAUUGCUGACUUGGAUAUCCCAAUUAAAAGGGGUACCUUCAUAGAGUUCCGAAGUGGAAUGAUUAAUGUUUCUCCGAUAGGGAGAAACUGUAGUCAAGAAGAACGUGAUGAAUUUGAGAAGUAUGAUAAGGUGCAUAACAUUCGACCUAAAAUGGUAUCCGUGCUUCGUGAAAAGUUUGCUCACUUGAACUUGACAUUUUCUAUUGGAGGGCAGAUUAGUUUUGAUGUAUUUCCCCAAGGUUGGGACAAAACAUACUGCUUGAGAUAUCUAGAGGAAUUUCAAGAAAUUCAUUUCUUUGGGGAUAAGACCUACAAGGGUGGCAAUGAUUAUGAGAUAUUUGAAUCUGAAAGAACAGUUGGCCAUACAGUUACCAGCCCUGAUGACACGGCACAGCAGUGCAGAUCUUUGUUCAUGUCAAAGUGAUCUCCAGCUUAUUUACAACACAUUCAUUCACUCCAAAUUUAUCAUGUACCCAAGUAUAAGAUAAUGGCCUAGCAGAUCUUUCAUUGAAAGCAUCUUUUUGCAUUUUUCUUGAUGGCCACAUCACAUGCCACCAUUUUUUUUUUUGCUUCCAAGUCCAAACCGAUUGUACUGCUUCAUUCACAGAUUUUCAGACUGCAUGUGUACACUUCAUGAAAAUAAAUGAGAAUUACCUAUUUUACUGUAC